AGAUGUCGCUUUCCAUUUCUAACCCCUGUUAUCCCCCGUCUCUCUGCAGGCUUCCAGGAGCCACAGGUCGAGGGACCCAGAGGACCCAAGGGAGACAGGGGUUCCACUGGUAACUCUGGUAGAGAUGGUAUGGAUGGCCAGCCCGGCCGCCCCGGCCUCGGAGGGAACUUCUCUCCUCAGAUGUCCGGAGGCUAUGACGAUAAAUCACCUGGCAUGUCUGUGCCCGGACCCAUGGGACCCAUGGGAUCCCGUGGAUCCCCCGGAGCUCCUGGAUCUAGCGGACCUCAGGGAUUCACCGGCCCCCCCGGUGAGUCUGGAGAGGCUGGAUCUUCUGGUGCCAUGGGACCCCGUGGCCCCGCCGGACCCUCUGGCAAGAACGGAGAGGAUGGUGAGUCUGGCAAGCCCGGUCGCAACGGUGAGCGUGGACCAUCCGGCCCACAGGGCGCUCGUGGAUUCCCAGGAACUCCAGGUCUGCCCGGCAUCAAGGGACACAGAGGAUUCAGCGGUCUGGAUGGAGCCAAGGGAGACGGCGGACCCGCUGGACCCAAGGGAGAGGCUGGAUCUGCUGGUGAGAACGGUACCCCCGGAGCUAUGGGACCCCGUGGACUGCCCGGUGAGAGAGGUCGCAACGGUGCUUCUGGAGCUGCUGGAGCUCGUGGUAACGACGGUGCCGCUGGUUCUGCUGGACCUAACGGACCCACUGGCCCAUCUGGACCUCCUGGAUUCCCCGGUGGCCCUGGAUCUAAGGGAGAUGCUGGAGCUCAGGGAACUCGUGGAGCCGAAGGACCCGCUGGAGCCCGUGGUGAGGGCGGUAACCCCGGACCUGCUGGCCCCGCUGGACCUUCUGGAAGCCCCGGUACUGAUGGAGCUGCCGGAGCUAAAGGAAACCUUGGUGCUGCUGGAGUUGCAGGAGCACCUGGUUUCCCCGGACCCCGUGGACCCCCUGGUGCCCAAGGUGCUGGUGGUGCCCCCGGAGCCAAGGGAAACACUGGUGAGGCUGGAGCCCCAGGAUCCAAGGGAGAGGCUGGAGCCAAGGGAGAGGCUGGUAUUGCUGGAGUUCUGGGAGCCCCAGGACCAGGAGGAGAGGAAGGCAAGAGAGGAUCCAGAGGAGAGCCCGGUGUUGCAGGAUCUCGUGGAGGCCCAGGAGAGAGAGGCGCCCCUGGCGGUCGUGGUUUCCCCGGAUCUGAUGGACCUGCUGGUGCCAAAGGCGCCAAUGGUGAGCGCGGUGGCCCUGGAGCCAUUGGAGCUAAGGGUUCCUCUGGUGAGUCUGGUCGUACUGGUGAGUCCGGUCUUCCUGGAGCUAAGGGUAUCACUGGUAGCCCCGGCAGCCCCGGACCCGAUGGCAAGACUGGACCCGCUGGAUCCACUGGACAAGAUGGUCGCCCCGGACCCCCCGGCCCCGUUGGAGCUAGAGGUCAGCCCGGAGUUAUGGGAUUCCCCGGACCCAAGGGAGUCGCUGGUGAGGGUGGAAAGUCUGGCGAGAGAGGAGUGAUGGGACCUACUGGCGCUCUUGGUGCCCCAGGAAAGGACGGAGAUCUUGGUGCUCCAGGACCAUCUGGACCUGCUGGACCUUCUGGAGAGAGAGGAGAGCAGGGAGCUGGUGGAGCUGGUGGAUUCCAGGGUCUUCCCGGACCCCAGGGUGCCAUUGGUGAGAGUGGAAAGCCCGGAGAGCAGGGUCUGUCCGGUGAGGCUGGAGUAUCUGGACCCGCUGGAAACAGAGGUGACAGAGGUUUCCCCGGAGAGCGUGGAUCUCCUGGUGUAAAUGGACCCGCUGGAGCCCGUGGAUCCCCCGGAUCUGGUGGAAACGAUGGCGCUAAGGGAGAUGCUGGAGCCCCAGGUAACUCCGGAGCUCAGGGUCCUCCAGGACUUCAGGGUAUGCCCGGUGAGCGCGGUGCCGCUGGCCUUCCAGGACUGAAAGGAGGCAGAGGAGACCAAGGAGGCAAGGGUGCUGAUGGUGCUGGUGGAAAGGAUGGCCCCCGUGGCUUGACUGGACCUAUUGGACUUCCUGGACCCGGUGGAUCCUCCGGAGAUAAGGGAGACGCUGGAGCACCCGGACCCGGCGGACCUGCUGGAUCUCGUGGAGGCCCUGGUGAGCGUGGAGAGUCUGGACCCCCCGGACCCGCUGGAUUCGCUGGACCUCCUGGUGCUGACGGUCAGCCUGGUGGUAAGGGAGAGUCUGGAGAUAACGGUGGAAAGGGAGAUGCUGGUCCCCCCGGUGUUUCUGGACCCACUGGUGGCGCUGGACCUCAGGGUCCCAAUGGAAACUCUGGCCCCAAGGGAGCCCGCGGAACCGCUGGACCCCCUGGUGCUACUGGAUUCCCCGGUGCUGCAGGUAGAGUCGGAGCCCCCGGCCCCUCUGGAAACUCUGGCCCUGCUGGAGCCCCCGGAGCCGGUGGCAAGGAAGGACCCAAAGGAAACCGUGGAGAGACCGGAAUUGCAGGUCGCGCUGGUGAGAUGGGAGCUGCUGGACCCCCAGGAUCUGCCGGAGAGAAGGGUGGUCCCGGUGGUGAAGGAUCCUCUGGAGCUCCUGGUACUUCUGGACCUCAAGGUAUCGCUGGAUCUCGUGGUAUUGUUGGUCUGCCCGGACAGAGAGGAGAGAGAGGUUUCCCUGGCAUGAACGGACCCUCUGGAGAGCUUGGAAAGCCUGGACCUUCAGGACCCGGUGGAGAGCGUGGACCCUCAGGAUCCAUGGGCCCUGCUGGUCUGGCUGGAGCCUCUGGUGAGACCGGACGUGAGGGAAGCCCCGGUAAUGAGGGAUCUUCUGGCCGUGAUGGACCUGCUGGACCCAAGGGAGAACGUGGAGAGGGAGGACCAUCCGGAGCCUCCGGUGCCCCUGGACCAUCUGGUGCCCCCGGACCCGUUGGACCCGCUGGAAAGAAUGGAGACCGUGGAGAGUCUGGAUCUGCUGGCCCUGCUGGUGCUUCUGGCUCUGCUGGACCUCGUGGCCCUGCUGGACCCGCUGGACUCCGUGGAGACAAGGGAGAGUCCGGAGAGGCUGGAGAGAGAGGCCUGAAGGGACACCGUGGAUUCACCGGCAUGCAGGGACCCAUCGGACCCUCUGGAUCCAAUGGAGAGGCUGGACCCGCUGGUACUUCUGGACCCGCUGGACCUAGAGGCCCAUCUGGAUCUGCUGGAUCUUCUGGUAAGGAUGGUAUGAGUGGUCUGCCCGGACCCACCGGACCUCCUGGAGUCCGUGGUCGCUCUGGAGAGAUGGGACCUUCCGGUCCUCCUGGACCUCCCGGACCUGCUGGAGCACCUGGUGCCCCCGGCGGCGGAUUCGACCUCGGCUUCAUCUCCCAGCCCCAGGAGAAGGCCCCCGAUCCCUUCCGUAUGUUCCGUGCUGAUGACGCUAACGUUCUCCGCGAUCGCGACCUGGAGGUGGACGGCACCCUGAAGAGCCUGAGCCAGCAGAUCGAGCAGCUCCGCAGCCCCGACGGUAGCCGCAAGAACCCCGCCAGAACCUGCCGCGACCUCAAGAUGUGCCACCCCGAAUGGAAGAGCGGACAGUACUGGAUCGACCCCGACCAGGGCUGCACUCAGGACGCCAUCAAGGUCUACUGCAACAUGGAGACCGGAGAGACCUGCGUAUCCUCAACUCAGCCUGAGGUUGCCAAGAAGAACUGGUACACAAGCAAGAACAUCAAGGAGAAGAAGCACGUCUUCUUCGGAGAGGCCAUGACCGAGGGCUUCCAGUUCGAGUACGGAAGCGAGGGCUCCAUGCCACAGGACGUCAACAUCCAGCUGACCUUCCUGCGUCUCAUGUCCACUGAAGCAUCCCAGAACAUCACCUACCACUGCAAGAACAGCGUCGCCUACAUGGACGCCUCCGCCGGAAACCUCAAGAAGGCCAUGCUCCUCCAGGGCUCCAACGAGAUCGAGAUCAGAGCCGAGGGCAACAGCCGCUUCACCUACAGCGUCCUGGAAGACGGAUGCACGUCACACACCGGUACAUGGGGCAAGACAGUCAUCGACUACAAGACAACGAAAACAUCUCGCCUUCCCAUCAUUGAUAUCGCUCCUAUGGACGUUGGUGCUCCAGACCAAGAGUUCGGCAUUGAAGUUGGACCCGUCUGUUUCUUGUAAAAAGAGAAAUCUGGACUUGAAAUUGUUGUUGUGUGUGUGUGUGUGUUUUAUUUUUUCUAGCAGUCAUCUCUCUCAACAAAAAAAAGCCCACCAAAACAUUUCUCUAUUGCCAUUUUUCUGACAAAUCUGACCCCUCGCUCCUGAUUGGCCAUUGCUCCGACGAUGGUCCACUCUGCCUAAAACCUGCACUUCAACAAAGAUGGCGGCGAUGUGGCGGCGUUUGCAUCGCUGCGUUUGGGACCACUACUUUUCUGACUCUUGUUUUUUUUUUGUUUUUUUUUACCAUCACCAACACCACGGAUCCCGUAGAGAAGACAUUUUGUUUCACUGGCAACAAGAAAAUAAUAUAUGCUUCUGUAAAGUGUAAAAUAAAUUGACUUCCCCCUCUUCAUGCAUCCAAAGCCUCUCUGGAGUUUCCAGAAACACACAGACUUUUCACCGCACUGUGGCGAGAGGAAAGAAAGGACAGUCCAACAGACAGAACUCAAUUGCAUUGUACCACGUUUCAGGUGUUGAUGAAUAAACGGUGAAACUGACAGCCAUGUUUGCCUCUGUUGUUCUGACACCUGCCCCACCCCCUCCUCUUCAUCCUGGAUUCUGUAGCUGUUGUGAUUUGUUUGUUGUCCCAAAGUCACAUUAAAACCACCAGCAGAGAAACAUGGGUUAAACCUCUUUUAUUUUGAAAGAACUCCUAUGGCUACCUCAGAUCUGCGAUGAGCAGCAGCACAGGGCCCAGUGUUAGUGGAGCUAGAUUUGGUGGGGGGACGGGGGGGGGGUUAGCAACACUUUAGCAGAAGCAGAAGUAGAUCAAACUCAAGGUGCUAUUCUUCCUUUGGGGGCCCCUGGUUGUCUGGUUUGUCCGCACUAUUGUGUAGUGUCAGGCCUCUCCGGCGCGGGGGCCCUCUUGGUGCUAAGUUUUUAUUGCUGGUGCCCAGAGAGAGACAAACUUCUUCUAUCUCCAGAAACACUCAAACUCCAGCUCUGAGUUCCCAGUGGAUCCACAUCUUCUCACAUUUUUUUUAUUUUUUGAACCCCCUUCCUCUUCUUUUCUCCUCUCCACCCCCUGCAUCUGUUGUUUGUUUUAUUGUUUUCUUGUGCAAAAGUUGAAUUUUUUUCAAAAAGAAUUGGAUUCAAACUGAGUGAGAGAAGGCAGACAGACACAACCAUGGGGAAAAACACCACAAGGAUCUGUACCUAUUUUGUAUAUGUAUAAUAAAUUGAGAUGUUUUUAAUUAUUUUGAAUGCUGAAAUAAAGCAUGUUAAGUGGUCUUACAUGUGAA